UAGUAAAAUUAUGAAAGAAAGUCCACUUUUACCAUAAAAUCAAAUUUGAGAAGCAGUCUAUAUAAAAUAAGAGCUAGAGUACACACAUUCACAUUUCACUAUCCCCUCCAAUCCUCAUCUCUCUCAUUAAAUGAGAUGUGUAAGUGUAACAAAAGCACUUAUAUAUAAUUCUUUAAGCUCUAAAACAUUCACAAACACUCUCUUAAUUUCCUCCUAGAUAACACCACAAUAUGAUCACAGGUAAAGAUAUCUACGAUGUUCUGGCGGCCAUUGUCCCUUUGUACGUGGCUAUGUUUUUAGCCUACGGUUCAGUCCGUUGGUGGAAGAUCUUCACGCCGGACCAAUGCUCCGGCAUCAACCGAUUCGUUGCGGUUUUCGCCGUACCAUUACUCUCCUUCCACUUCAUAUCCUCCAACGAUCCCUACGCUAUGAACUACCACUUCAUUGCAGCCGACUCACUCCAAAAAGUGGUCAUCCUCACCGCUCUCUUUCUGUGGCAAACCUUUUCCAAGCGAGGAAACUUGGAGUGGAUGAUAACACUUUUCUCUCUUUCAACUCUUCCCAACACUCUCGUCAUGGGAAUCCCUCUCUUGAAAGCCAUGUACGGAGACUUCUCCGGAAGCCUCAUGGUUCAAAUCGUUGUCCUCCAGAGUGUGAUCUGGUACACUCUCAUGCUUUUCAUGUUCGAAUACAGAGGAGCCAAGCUCCUCAUAACCGAACAGUUUCCUGAAACUGCAGGCUCUAUCACUUCCUUCCGUGUCGAUUCCGACGUCGUUUCUCUCAACGGCCGCGAGCCUUUACAGACCGAUGCAGAAAUUGGCGACGAUGGGAAGCUACACGUGGUGGUGAGAAGAUCAGGAGCAUCGUCAAUGGUUUCUUCAUUCAACAAGUCUCACGGACUAAAUUCUUUAACAUCCAUGACGCCAAGAGCUUCGAACCUCACUGGCGUCGAGAUCUACUCUGUACAAUCCUCGCGAGAGCCGACCCCGAGGGCAUCGAGCUUCAACCAGACUGAUUUUUACGCCAUGUUUAAUGCCAGUAAGGCCGCCAGUCCCAAACACGGGUACACCAACAGCUACGGUGGUGGACCAACUCACGGCGCUGAUGUCUACUCACUUCAGUCAUCGAAAGGCGUCACGCCAAGGACAUCUAAUUUCGACGAAGAGAUGAUGAAAAAUAUGGGAAAGAAGCAGAGAGGAGCGAGGAGCAUGAGUGGAGAGCUCUUCAAUGGCGGUCUUGCUCCGUCUUACCCUCCUCCUAAUCCGAUGUUUUCCGGGUCGACAAGUAAUACUGCUGUUAAGAAGAAAGACGCAACAACUGUUACAGCACCUCCUCCUGCUGCUGCUGCUGCUAAUAAUGGUCUGCCGAACAAGGACCUUCAUAUGUUCGUAUGGAGCUCGAGUGCGUCGCCGGUGUCGGAAGGGAACCUUAGACACGCCGUUAACAGAGGUGUCUCUUCUGAAUUUGGAGCUAUUGAUACUUCCAAAUCUUCUGGCGUGCCUCAGAACGAAAGAGGUAUGCAAGAGUUAAAUGGGCACGUGAGUCCUGCAGGGAAAAUUGUUGGAGAACAUAAUCAAGUGGAAGUAGAAGAAGGUCUGAACAAUAUGAAGUAUAAUAAUGGUAUAAUGAAUGGAGGUUCGCCAUAUAGUUCUAACAAUUUCCAGAAGAAGGUUGAAGACGUGGUUGAUGUAGGAGGAGGAAGAGGAGGUCAGAAGAAGAACCAAAUGCCACCUGCUAGUGUCAUGACAAGACUUAUCCUUAUCAUGGUUUGGAGGAAACUCAUUCGAAACCCCAACACUUACUCUAGUCUCAUUGGCCUUAUUUGGUCCCUAGUCUCCUUCAGAUGGAACAUCAAGAUGCCAACAAUUGUAAGCGGGUCCAUAUCCAUAUUAUCUGAUGCUGGUCUAGGAAUGGCUAUGUUCAGUUUAGGUUUAUUCAUGGCUUUACAGCCAAAGAUCAUUGCUUGUGGAAAAUCAGUGGCGACCUUUUCAAUGGCUGUUAGGUUCUUGACUGGCCCCGCAGUGAUUGCCGCAACUUCUAUAGUAAUUGGUCUCCGUGGAACCCUUUUGCAUAUUGCAAUUGUUCAGGCUGCACUUCCACAAGGAAUUGUUCCCUUUGUAUUUGCAAAAGAAUACAAUGUCCAUCCAGAUAUACUUAGUACUGCGGUUAUUUUCGGAAUGCUGAUCGCUUUGCCCAUCACAGUUCUGUAUUACGUACUUCUUGGGGUAUAGUAUAGUAAUAGUACUGCUUCAUGGGAAAUAGUAGUGAGGAGGAAAUAUAUAAUAAUAAUGUAUUAUAUAUUCAAGUCAGGAGGCUCAGUUGGAUGGACCUUAUAUAUACUGUAUUUUGAAGAAAACCAAAUAUGCCUUUGGAUUCAGCGCCUUACCCAUGUGAUCUUUUAGGUCUCACUCCUCUAAUAGCUUUUUUUUUUUACUUUUGCUAUCUUAUUACAUGGUUAGAAAUAUAUUAGAUUAGACCUUAGAGAGAUAUAGAUGAGAAAGAGAAAGAGAAAGAGAAAGAGAAAGAGAAAGAGGCAGGGAAUAUUUUGUUUUUUCAAUUUCUACAUGUAUUCUGAUAUAUACUAAUUAUUUGUUACACCAAAAUUAAUGUAACUCACCAUUGCAUUA